CGUAAUUUAGUUGGCCGUAACCGUGACAAAAUAAUUUUGUGGUUGUUGGGUGGAAGUAAACUGAUUAUCAUAAGAUGUGCUGAGUUUUAAAGUUAUAUUACUUACAGUAUUUUGUUUAAUAUAUAUGUUUCCAGAAAUAACCAUCUUCACAAAAAUAUGAGAAAUGAGGCAUCGCAGAUGUUAAUGUGACAGGUCAAGAUCCAAAAUGAAGAAGCAGUUUUUCCGGGUAAAGCAGCUGGCCGAUCAGACAUUCUCCAGGGCUGGCAAGACCGAAGUGCUCUCCGAUGACCUGCAGGCAGCCGAUAGACGGGUGGAGUUCAUUCGGUUGGCAUGCCAGAACACCAGCAAAAAGUUGAGCGGUUCUUUGCAGACUCAAGGACAGGAUGCAACAGCGAGAGAGAAAAGACUGAAAAAGAAUGCAGAGUACCUACUUGGCAUUGCUAUGCUAGAAAGCGGGACCUGUGAAGAGGACUGUUUGCUAAGACAUGUGAUAUCCGAAUGUGGUAAGCUAGAGAUGUGUCUGGCUAACGCUUGUGUGGACCAUGAAGCUCGAGUUGAGGCUUCGGUGUUAGCAACACUGCAGCAGGUCUGCGAUGUCGACGUACCUAACAUCAUGAAGUACAAGAGGAACCUGGCGAAGCUCAUAUUGGACAUGGAUAGUGCCAGGACGAGGUAUCAGACUGCUGUCAAACACAACUCUUCCUCCUCCUCCCAGGGGAACAAGGUGGAGUCUAUACGAGACGAACUAGAGGAGGCAGAAACCAAGGUGGAGCAGUGCAGAGACGGUCUGGCGUGUGAGAUGUUCCAGUUGAUAGCCAAGGAGGCAGAGCUGGCCACAACAGUUCUGGAGUAUGCAAGGUUACAACGUUCCUACCACCAGACAGCCCUGGCCACAUUAGACGAGAUGAUACCAGAAUUGGAGUCAAGUAUCUGUGAUUGCAGUGUUAAGCCGGUGUUUGGAGUGUCACUGGAAGAACAUCUGAGGGUUACCAAUCGUAAAAUUGCCUACCCCAUAGAGCUGUGCGUCUGUGCCCUCAGUGUACUAGCCAUGGAUGAGGAGGGCCUCUUCAGGGUUGCAGGCGGAGCCUCUAAGAUCCGACGGAUGAAGCUCAGCCUGGAUGCCAACUGUAUGAGCCUUGGCACGGCGCUGGAAUACCGAGACCCCCAUGUGAUAGCCUCGGUACUUAAGUCCUAUCUGCGCCAGUUACCUGAACCCCUCAUGACACACAAGCUACAUGACCAAUGGAUAGCAGCAGCCAAGGUCACCGAGUCAAAUGAUGCGAGAUUACAGGCUUUGUGGGGCGUUGUUCAGCAACUACCACCUGCCAACUUGGAGAAUCUUCGUUAUCUUGUCAAGUUCCUAGCUUUGUUAUCACAGAACCAGGAGGUGAACAAGAUGACUCCUCAGAACAUUGCUAUCGUGGUAGCACCCAAUCUACUCUGGAGUCCCAACGAUGAUGGCAACAACAUCAACGCCAACAUGAACACGGCCAGCCUACACAGUCUGAUACUGGAUAGUCUUGUUACCUACAGUGAUUGGUUUUUCCCUGGGGAGUAUGAGAUGUUUGUCACACUCAGCAGGGUUCAUGUGGUGAAUGGCCAUACGAGAACAGGCAGUGGAGACACUCAACUAAUCUCCACAGAGACUGGUAUUAAGAGGACACAGUCCAGUAGUAGUCUGUCCGAAGAUCAAAGCAGCCCACCCCAAGGAAGUCCUAAGCCAGUGACUCGCAACCGGAAGAACAAACCUGCUCCAGUUCCUCCAGCAAACCCACCCAACCGGGAUUCUGUGGUUGUGAGGGAGAUCAAUCGAGACUCCAUGGUUGUUGUUGGCAGCAAGACAAUGGAAGAGUGUAGUCAGAACACAUCGGCCCCUGGAGGAGAGUGCCAACCGAUGCUGGGCUUUGAAAGGCUGCUUGCUGAGAAGAAAACAGAAGACGUGGACAAGAAGAUGGAAGAGGAGAAGAAAACGGAAGAAGUAGAAAAGUCACAGAAUGAUAUAGAGUCUUUUGCAACAAAUAAAGCAGUUCUUCCAGUACCGGAACCAUCAAAACCUCCUGAACCAUUAAAGCCAAAGCCUGAAUUGCGAGGUUCAGUGGAGCUGGUGUAUGGGACCUUGGAACGUAAGAGGCCACCUCGCCCCACUCCUGCCCCCCGGUCAUCUGUUCCUGACUCUGCUGCUGUGAUAGGAGGUGAGAAGCCUGCUGUGCCUGAACGACCUGCCACCCUUCAAAGGCCUCUUAGUAGUUCCUUCCGUCUCAGCCGCAAUCUGUCUGAAAUGGACUCAGACAAGAGUACUUCUGACGGGCCAGUGUCGCUGGAAAGAGCCCACAUGUACUCAGUAGAUAAACAGCAAGUGUCCAUUAUACAAGUCAGUGGAGGGGAAAAACCGGAGAGGCCACCCAAACCAGAGAUGCUGGGUCACACACCUGGACACAAACGUACAGCUUCCGAGGGAAAUGUGGUUGAUGUUGGGUCCAAUUCACAAAAAUCACCAGUGAAUCCGUUACGGCCCCCAAGGCCCACACCUCCGCCACCCCCGACACCCAAGCUGCGUGAAAGCACGGACCUGUGACCCCACUGACUUUAGGACCUUAUCGAUCCCAGGACCCCAGUGCCUCUGUAGCUGCAUAUCUCUUUCAUCUUUUUGGAAUUAGUUGCUUGACAGUCUCUUGUUUGUAUAUAAGAACUUUUAACUGCCACACUGAAGCUCAAAAUAAUCUUUAGGCUUUUGCGGAUUUUGUAAUGGAUUUGUAUAUAAGAAUUUUAUCUUGUUGAUCUUUUUAAUGUCGAUGUAAAAAUACCGGACUUGUUAGAUUUGGACAAUCUCUGAUGUUCCUUAAAAUAGUUCUUUUUGAGAAACUUCCAUCAAUACCUCUGCUGGAUGCAAUAUAAAGUUUAAAGACAAUUUAAACUUGAGUGAAAUUUAAUUAUAUUUUUAUUUUAAACAAUUGUUUAUUACCCAAUAAUACCUUAAGAAAAGCAAUAUAAUUAAAUUUUACAUGUGAUACAAUAACUAUUAUUUGUGUUUUAUAAAAAGUUGUAUUGGUUAAGCUUACUGAAAUAUUUUUUGGGAGCUAAAGUGUGUUACUGAUGUAUUCCAUAACAAUUAUUAAAUAGUAACAUCAUAUUCAAAACUGCUGUAUGUUACAGCAAUAUUCUUGUUGUUUUUUUGAUAAGUAUUUGAUUUUAAAAUAACAUUAUAUUAGUUAUAUUUUCUCUAAUAUAGCUGUAACGUUACCGUGUGUUAUGUUGCCACAUAAUUUUAUAUUUUAACAAUGAUGUUUGGUAAUAUUUGCCUAUAUUAAUCAUAUGAAUUAAAGUCUAGCGUUAGUAAAAACUGCAAGGGCCUAACUUUUGCCUAAUUUGCUUCGUCUUGAAGCAACUAAUGUUGAAGUUCUUGGUGUUAUAAAGUUGUUAAUCAUGAUAUUGUUAGCUUGGCCCAUAUAUAGUUCUGUAUCAUAAGUUGUUUUUUUACACCUGUUCACAUUUUUGAGAAAUAAUUAUAAAAGUGAAGUGCAAUACGCAGACCCAGAAAUGUAAAAGCUUACCAACGAAUAUUAACCGAAAUAAUUUUAAUUAUAGUUUAUGUAGUGGCUGUAAAAAGUGAAAUAAGUAUGGAUGUUUAGUUACAAGUAAGCUUUGUAGUUUAACACUGAUAUUUAAACACACAUUCGAAGUUUACAAUUCUAUUAUAAAAAUACUUGUUAGUUUUAAGAAUUGAAAUGGAAAAUGUAUUGACGUUUUGGUGACCCUCUUUUAAUACCAGUACACCUGUGAACAUAAUAGAGCAUUUUAUAAGUUGAAAUAUUUUAAAAUAUAAAAAUAUUACAUAGUUAUACACCUGUAAAAUUGACACUUAAAGGGUCAAGUUAAAACAAUAAAUAUGUAGUUUUUAAGUUAAGUUUUGGGUACAAAUUAAAUCACCAAUACAAGAAAUAUCACAAUAUUAUGUUCCAAUAUUUUUACGAAUUUGUAUUCAACUACUAAAGUACUUUUUCAACUUUAUGCAACAGUUUUGUCAGUUUUCAAUGCAAACAAGAAAUAAAGACUUCAACUCGCAAUCUCACUUGUAAUCAUAUAAAAUUGUUAAGAUACUUUUAUUAGCUCUGUCUUUAUUCCAACGUACGAUUUUAGUGUUUUUUGUUGUAAUAACUAAAACAAUAUAUUUACAACUGUUUCCUUAUGUUUAUGGCAUUCUUUUCCCUAGUAACUUGUAGUUUUAUAACAUUAUAAUUUAUUUUAUUACAAGUCAGCUAGUUGCACAAGGGUCAGUGAAUUCUAUACUAUUUAUGUUAUACCAUUUAGCUAUUGAAGAAAUGUUCAUGUUAUGCAAGUCAAGAUGCAUUUUAUGGCUUAUUAAGACGCUUUAUGUAAAUUAUAAUUAUAACGUAAUAUGCUGUUAGAACUUAGGGCUACUUUUGUAUCUAUUGUAUGUAGAUUAUUUGCAUUUAACAGGAUGUAUAUUUCAUGUCGUCUAUGUAACGCUAGGUUUUAUAUUAUGAGCGCCAUUUUUGUAUUCUGUGUAAAGCUACCAGAGAAUAUUGAUAUUGAAUUUUGUGUUGAAAUUUUAAAUAAAAACUAAGAUUUCAACGUUGUAAUUACUUAGUUUUUAAUAAUAAAAAAUACUUGGUAAUAUAAAUUAAUUUAUACACUUUGAACAUUUCGUUUUCCAUCAAACAUAUUUACAUGGAAUUUUAAUAGUUAAAUGCAAUAUAGUUGUGUGUUAGGGCAUGAAAAUUGGUGAGAACAUCGGUGUAAAAAGUUGUUCUGAAACAUCAGUUUUAACUGAUCGGAGCUUUAUGUUGUACUGAAGUUUUUCCUCUUGAAUUUCAGUCAGAUUACACCAAAAACUAGCUAUUUUUAUGAAUUAUUCGAGACUAUUAACCCUUUGCACGCCAAGUAAUUACGUAUAUGUUUUGCCCUAGCGCCAAAUUACUGAAUAUUUAAAUUUGUUGAAAACUGUAUAGCCAUUUUUUUAUUUGUUUAAGUAAUUGAUUUGAAGAAUAAAAAACCUUGAAAUGCUUUUAUGGGCAUUUUUUAAAACGAAAUAUAGAUAUUUUUCUAUUUUUAGGACCAGUAGGUAUGAAGUGAAUGAAAACGUUAUUUUGAUAAAACUGUAUAAUUUUUACAAACGUAUACCGGUACAUGAAGUAGAUAUGAUGUGUGAUAAGUAAAUAAAUACACAUUUUGGAAAACAGUAAAAAAAAUCUUACGAACUGUUUUUUCUUUACGAAUAAUCGUCCAAAGUAUGUAACUCCAAGAACGAAAUCGUCAGUCCGGAUCGUCUGCGUUAGCCAUAAUUAUGGCAAUAUAUUGACAAGUUACGUCAAAAUAAUAAAUAAUAGUUAUUACUAUAGUAAUAAUUUUAAUAGUUCACAAGCACUAAACAUAAUAUAAACUAAUAAAACUGUAAAAAAAUAAACUGUCAGUGAGCAGGAACACUAGAGAUAGAACUUCACGAAAUGGCGGCGCUUCACGAAAUGGCGGCGAGUAUAAUCGCUUUGGGCGUUUCGAUAAGUACGGAAAACAAACAUGAAUAGAAAGAAACAGCUGUUACCGAUCGAUAGUCCUCAAAUGUUCAGUUGGCACAUUAGCUAAUGCACUAGGCAGCAAAAGUGACUUUCUCUGCCAUGUAGCGACAAAUUCUACAACUAUUAAACUAUCUAAUGUUGUAAAAUGUAGUUCGCGAUAUAACUCGCUAUGGGCGCUGUACGGACUUUUAUGCAUGCGAAAUAACUCGCUUAUGGCGUGCAAAGGGUUAAUGUAGAAUUGUUAACCCUUUGAGUGCUGCUUUUCCAAAGUCAUCUGUCUAAGUUGCUGGCAUGUAUACUUUAUAGUUUGUGAGUGUCAUACACAAAAGCAACAUUAUAUAUAACAGCAAUGUAACUAAUUAUUUGUAUUGAAAUAAAGAAUAAAAAAUAGGUUUUUUUAAUAAAGAUUAUACUUUAGUCAAAAUACUGUUAUGAUAAAAUGAUUACAUUUUUAAGAAGCAUCAAGUUUGCACUUAAUUUUGUUUCAUGCAAUAUUUUUUUGUUAUAAUUUGUAUGAGACCUUGAAAAUCUAAACAAAACCCAUAAACAAUAUAUUUUUCAACAAACAUGAAGAACAGUACUAAAAAUAAGUAUGCUCUCCAUAUUGCAAGUUUUUGGCAAAAAUGUACUAAGAAAUUAAUAAAUCAAAUAUAUGUAUAUUUGAAUUAAAUUUUGGAAGAAUGGAAUACAAAUUGUACUAUGAUUUAAAGAAAUUAUGUUAUCAUCAUCUUCAAACUAUUGUUAAUAGGCAAAACGACCGUAAAAUAUGAAAUAAUUAUCAUUAUUGUUAAGAAUAUUUGAUUACACUAAUAACUGUCAAUUAAAAUUAUUAACAUUUUAUUUGAAUUCAAAGCAAUAAGAUAAAUUUGAUAAAAAUCGGGAAACUUCAUAUGGUACAUCUACGUGCAGGAAAAAACAACAUUGUAGUUACAACAAAUUUAUAGUUAGCAUUGGCUACUGGCAUUAGUUGCCAAUGUUUGUUUGACUGAAACAACUACAGAAUAUAUAAUACUACUGUCAUACAUCUUCAUAAUCAAUACCAAAAAUAUAAGGCUGUCUUAAAAAAUUGAAUAAAUUGACUUUGGAGUACUCAAAGGGUUAAUGUAAAUUUACAACUGUCUGCUUAUACCUUAUGUGAAUUUCCUUGAAACCAAGAGAGUCAAUCUUAAUAAGACUAUAGUGAGCAAUAGUUAAGAUCUAAGAUGAAUGAAGAAAGAUUGGUGCAAUAUGUGCAAAAAAUAUUUAAUCUUAAACAAUGCUUAGAUGAGGAACUAAAAAACCUGUUUUAAAAUUGUUAGGCGAUAUAAGUUAUAAGCUGUAAACAACUUAAGACCAGGGGCUGUGAUGGAGUGGUUGUCAGUUACUGGAUUCUAGUGUGUAGCACUGGUUAAAAGCUACAAACUAGUUCUUGAGUAACCAGUGGUCCCAUAACUAUCAGACAUUGGCAUGUUGGCAGAGCAAAUAUUUUGGCCUUGUUGAUACACUAACCUUUACCUCAUCUUAUUGUAAUGGCAGUACUAUUAUCUUUCAUUUAUCCUUCUAUUAUUGAUAUGUUUUACAAUGACUUUAACUUUGUUAGUACAAGUGAGCUAUUAAUUUAACUUAAUAAUCAUAUUUGAUUUAAAUAUUAAAUUUCAGUGUUAUAAACUCAAUAUUAUGUACAUGGCUAUAUAUACAUUUUCUGAUUCCACACUUGUUUCAAAAGAUUUUAUAUGUAUUUUUUUAUUAUUUACCAAUAAAAUCGUUUUCAGAAACACUUGCCACGAAGUGCUAUAUGUUUUCAUUUUCAGUGCUGACCAUUACAGUCUUUCUAUUGCUCUCAAAUUAUUUGAUAAUUAAGAAAUUUGGAACCUCAGUUUGUAAUAUAUAUAUAUAAAAGCUUUUAAUUUGUUACAAAUAGAGGAUGGUUGCAACAAUAAGUUUUUACACGUUUUGGGGUAAUUGGCAAUUAGCAACCAAAUUAAGCAAUUAUGCAAAUAGUUGUUGAAUUUGAAAUUCAUAGUUAGCUAAAAAUUUGUGUGUAAUAUUCAAUGUAUUGACAUCUCCAUUUGUAAGGAAUAAAUUAUUAUUAAUAACUUGAAUAAAAAUUUAUUAAUUCAAAAACACUAAACCCAAAAAAGGGUAGGAUUGUAUUUAUCAACAAUAUAUAGACAGUAAAGUCUCGGUAAGCUUGGAUUCCAGUUGAUGUAUGCCAGUGACUUUUUAUUUCCAACUAGUAUGCCAAGUAUUGACAGUUUGUAAAUCAACCAGAGUUUUAAAAUCCAAAUCUAUAAAUGCAAAAUUGUUGUUUUGUUGCCAAUCUUGUCUUCAUUUUCAUAUUUUAGAUGCAAUGUCCAGUUAUGUGUAUAAGUUUUUACCACUAAUGAGUAAAAUUGAGAUAUUUAUGCAACUAAUUCAACUUAAGCUAAAAAAUCAACAAAAGCUGUUGCCAAAUGUACUUUUAAAUUUAUUUAGAUUUAUUUUGGCAAAUGUAAAAAAGAUAAACUAUUUAAGUUAAAAAUGUUUAUAGCUAAGCUUAAUGAUAAGUUACUCUAAAAAUAUUGUUUUGCCCAAUUAAAAAUUGACAGGACAAAACUUUGAUGUCACCUUUCUGUGAAAUUGACUCCUCUUUAAGAUGUAAAACAGUUUUCUUAAAGUACUCAACAGCUAAGUUCAAGUAAACCUUUAUCAUCACGUAUUUAAUUGGUGAUGUAAUGCUAAAGGACAUACCCCACUAAUUCAAAUAUUGCAUUUUAUUUUAACUAAUGUGUAAAACUAUAACUAUACAUCUUAUGUAAAAUUUGAUUUUAAAUAACAAUAAUUACCUGUUUUAAAUUAA